AUGGAAAAUCCUUCAAGAACUCUUAUAAGCAAUAUAAGGAUUUCCGACAGUAUGAAUGAUGAAAGUAAAGCUCUACUACCAGAACCAAAACAAUUAGAAAAAGCUUUUAAUGUAAAGCUUCAUAAAAAAUUUAAUACAGAUAGAGAUAUAGGCACUCAUCGAUCUGAAGAACUGAAAAUAUCAGGCUCCGACACUGUAGGGUACUCUGAUGCAGCACAAAUUUCAGAUCCUGUCUCUUUAGACUUUAUAGAAUCAUCAGAGCGUGAUCAAAAAAGUAGAGAUCUUAAGUCAGGCCAAGAAAGUAAUAGAAAAAAAUUCAGCAUAAAACGGGCAACUGAGGAGCCCGCAGUUCCUCAAGAUUCUAACUUAAACAUUGAAACUGGCAUAAAGCCCAGAAGCCGAAGCUCAACAAUCCAUCAAAAUAAAGGAAGAGAACGUACAGGAGAUCUAGGGGCAGGAAGGCAUCAUGUAAGUGAAGGAGGUCCUCAUAUCGGUGCAGCGCCUUUCAAUGUGAGGUUUGAUGAGAGUGAAAUACAAAGAUCUCAUCCUCCUAAAUUUGAAAGUACAGAGUCUAGAGAUGAAUUAAAUAUAGAAAUAGUUGAUGAAGAUUAUGUUCCAAGCACUAUAACUGAUAUAACAGAAAUAAAUGUGCAGAAUCCUGUGUUUAGCCAACCAUUUACAAAUAAAAGCACUGAGAAAAAAUCUUUGGAGACUAAUAAUGCUACUUUAAUAAUUGAAGAAGAAAGUGUCUGUGAUUAUAAAGCAAACUUUCUAAAAUGUGUGCCUCUUGGAUCUGAGAAGAGAUAUAAGAUAUGCAAGAGUACUUGAUUAUGCUUUUGUAAGAAAACAGAGAUAGAAAUAAGAAGCGAGGGCUAUAAUACUCUGAUUUGGCUUUCCCAAAAAGAAUUAGAUCCAUCUGAUGAAAUUCAAGUCAAAAUUUAUAAUAGUUUACUAAGAGAAAUACCGCAUGAAUUGAUUGGCUUUCCACAGACGUUAACCGAAUGAAGAGAAUCUUUCAUGAGUGAUUCACUGAUAAAUGAUCCAACUAAAGGCCUACUAUUAGUGCUGCUUGAACUUUUAUUUUUAAAACAAAAAAGGAUGGAUGUGUAUGGAAAAUUUGAAACAUUGUCGUUAGAUGAGAAAAAAAUAUUUGCAAUAUUGCCUGCUACUACUAAAAAUAUAGUGGUCGAAUAUUUACACAAUUGAAAAUUUUACCAAAUUCUUAUCGCUGGGAAGCCAAGUAAUUUAUUUUUCACGUUCUAUACAAAUAUUAUAAACUAUUAUUGAUACAGCCUUAAAAAGAAAGGCAGGAGCGGCCAGCAAAUUACCAAAAAGAUUCACAUUAAAUUGAAAAAGAACAUAAAUGAAUUUUUUAGUAAAAAUUAA